AAAGCGUAAAGAAAAGAAAAACUACUACUAUUUUAAAGUGUUAUUAUGUAAAAGGGAAGUGAACUCAGUGUUAGUGUAGUGUACAUCGUUGUUCGAUUGCUAUUGUAUGCAAAUAAAUUUAAAGGAAAGAGUAAAGGAAAGGAUAUCUAUUCAAAUAAAGAUAAUAAUGGCUAUUUAUAUUACGAUGGUGAUGAUAAUGUUACCGAGUGGUUUAUUAAUAAAAAUAAACUUUUAUUUUAUAUAUUUAUAUAUAAAUUGUUGCAGGACGAUGCCUAGAGACAUUUAACAAGGAAAAUGGCCGCUUCUAUAUAUGCUACCCCACCGCCAGAUUUAAGUAGUGAGGAUACUGCUUUAUCUGAUGUAUCUGUUGCUUCAUCAUCAGCAACUGAAACAACUACAUCGAGAACAAUGACGACGACAACAGCAAUCACAUCGGAAAUCCCAGCUAUUAUUAAUCAACCCUUAUGCAAUACCCACAACGAGGCCCCAUCGUCGAUUGUGAAUAGGUCAACAACAUCGCCAACGUCAUCAACAAAAGCAGCAACACUUGAGGCAAAUAGGGAACACCAUACUAUUGCCGAUGUACUUAACGAUGACGUCAUAAAAUUACCAACUGAAAUCACAAAUGUGCCAAGCAGUAUAAAUACUGCUGAGGAUUUUCCAAUAGCAUCUACGAAUUGUACGGCUGCUAUGUCUGCAGUGGCGGUUGCCGCUAAUGCAGCCAUGCAAAUACAAUUGCUUGAAGCGCUUAACGCUCAAAAGUGCGACAAAGAUGACUAUGCAAAAAAUUCGGAUCGCUACAGUUUGAAUGCAAAAGUUGUAGUUGAUAUGGAUCAACAGCAGCAACAGCAGCAACAACAAGAAAAGCAGAAUUCAGAAAAUAAUGAAUCAUCAUCAUCAUCAUUUCAUGCCGAAGAUUAUUCUCAAAUGCCUAUCAAUACAAAAACUAUCGAUUAUGAGGAUAAGUUAGCGAAAAUGUUUUUACCAAAGUCGAUAGAACAAUUAAAGGAAACCUUCGGACUGCUGUGGAAUCAACAGCAAAAUCGAGAGCAAGAAAUUCAAAACAUAUCAAGCCUUCAAAAUGUUGCCAAGUCUUUAAAUGCCUCAGAUAAGCCAAAGAGCACUAACAGUGAAUUUUGUAACCCAUAUCAGAUGUUUUGUAGGAAAUGCGGCGAAAAUUUUAAUAAUGAAUUUAAAUUAAAUUUGCACCUGCUGCAGGAGCAUAAUUUGGAUUUCAACGCGUUUAUAGUUGACAAAGAAAGCAAUCAGGAUUUAAUUGCCAGCCAAGGUAAUUCGUCUGAUAUUUUGACUUCGGUUAGAGUGAAAUUGGAAGAAGGUUCUGUUGUGCGUGAUAAUUCCAAUUUAUUAGAAAAUGAUGUAGCGACCGAUAAAGGUUCGCUAAGAUCGAAUGAAAGCAAAAAUCAAAUAUGGCCACGUCCGAGCUCAUCAAGUCUGAGUUUUUCCGUUACACCUGAACAAGCGGCAGCUGCAACUUUACAAGUUGGCAGAUACUUGCCGUUAUUAAAUAUUACCGGUUUUCCUAACGUUGACGGCAUUCAUCGUCCACCUAUGCGUGUUUUCAAUUCGGAAGCGUUUUGCGAGCUAUGCAAUAAAGAAUUUUGUAAUAAAUAUUUCUUAAAAACGCACAAAGCUAAUAAACAUGGCAUCUUUGAUUCAGUUCAGGAAACUGUCGGCAAUAGCAACCCGUCAACUAAUUUGGUAGCUAUGAACACUAUAUUUCAAAUGCAAACACAACGACAUCAAAAAAUGCAAAUGGAAUUACAGCAACAGCAGCAGCAACAGCAGUGGCAAGUCGAGCAAAGCACUCUGAACGAGUUGCAACGCGGAGAGAUCGAAAUUAGUUCUGGGCCGCAGAAGAUCACAUCGCCAGCCUUAACGGCAUUUUCUUGUGGCCUUUGCUCAAAAGCAUUUGCUAACAUCUUUGCUUUGCGUCGUCAUCGAGUUAAAGCUCAUGAAACGAAUCAACCAAACCCGAACGUUCAAAUUGCAUCGAGCUCGACAAGCUCCGAACAAAAAUCUGAUUUGUCUAUUCCUACUGCACAUUCAAUCAAUGACAAUCGAAUAUUGCAAAUGUCCGCAGAUCUUCGCCAAGAUCUUGAAUUGGAGCAGGAAGACGUUUCUUUCGCGCCCCAACCUCGUAAACUCUCCCCUCAAUCUCAACAGCAGGCACGUGAGGCGAAUUUCUCUUAUGACGAGCUAAAACGCUUAGGAAUUGUUAAUCCUGAAGCUUUUUGCGAGCUAUGUUGCAAGGAAUAUCGCAGCAAAUAUUUCCUAAGAACUCAUAAGUGGAAACGUCAUGGCAUUUUCAUGCCAUGCGACGAUAGCGAAAGUCAACGCAAAAAAUAUUCAGCAUGGCCCUUUCUUAGCGUGCCGGAUUCGCCGUUAAAUUUUAUGAUGCCCCACGAGCAAACUAUAUGGAACCAAGCAUUGAUGGCGGAAAGUGAGAAAUUCGAAGAGUCAAUACAUCGAAAUAAACGUAUAAAACUUGAGACGCUUGGCGGCGAAUAUGUUACUUCGAAGACCCCAGGCAAAGAAGAAAAUCCGGGGAGUUCCAGUGAAGAUAAGUUUGCUGAUCAAGAUUCUUCAAAAUCCACACUUCCAACGCUGAGCGAUCAAAUUGAAAAAGGAGCCGCGUUUUAUGAUGCAACUCUUGACUUACAAAACCUUCAGAAAUUGCAGUCGAUGAUUCAACAUUUAACUGAUUUUAGUGGCAAAAAAUCGGUGACAUGUCACUUAUGUGCUAACGAAUUCGAAAACCAAUGUGCUCUAGAGGCUCAUUUAUUGGCCAAGCAUAAUAGUGGCAUUGAAAACAAGUACUGGAAACUGCCAUCAAAAAACCAACCGAGCACCUUAAAACAAUCGCCGAGCAAUUCGCCAGGCUCCGGUUCAGAAGUCAAAGGACUUGAGGAAUUACGUUGUUCCUCUUGCGAUCGAGAAUUCAUUUCUUUAUCAGAGUUUCAGAAACAUAUCGCCAAAGUGCAUUUACUCUCGGCCGUGGAAAGUCCUUUUCGCGAGAGCUUUGUCGCCCCUGAACGUCCAAUCAACGCGAAUACGUCCAGCAGUAGCUCAAGACCAUCGUUUACCAUUACGCCCACUAGCAGUUAUUGCGAGAUUUGCAAUAAAGAGUUAUGCAACAAAUACUUUAUGAAAACCCAUAUGCAGCGCAUGCAUGGCAUUGAAAUUGAGAAUGGCGCACAAAUUGGGGGAGUUGUAUGCAAUAUAUGCAACAAGGAAUUAUGCAGCAAGUACUUUUUACGAGUUCAUAAACAUAAUACCCAUGGCAUUAUAGAGGAGGGAGCCCCUUUACCGCAGUCCAGGCAGAACGGCCUUAGUUUAGAUUCAUCCUUGCAACAGCCACAGCAACAACAACAACAACAACAGCAACAACAAUCGCAAAUUAUGGACAUCGAAUCUAUGACCAGAGGUACGACAAAUGUAAGUCCAGCAAGUAGCGGUGCAGGUGGAACUGGAAACUCAGAUAUUAAAAGUGAAAAUUAUCCAAACUACCCAGAAGUAUGCCCGAUUUGUACCAAACGUUUUCGUAAUGCGAAAUUUGUCCGUUCCCAUUUAUUAUCUGAUCAUGCAACAAGCGGGAGCGAGAAAUUAGGCGAAUUGGAGCACUUUGGAAACUUAAGCAAAUCUUCUAGUCCAACUCUUAAAAUGACAAACGAUUCCGAUUCUAGCAGUUCUGCGAGCGGCAGUCAUUCCGCCCAGCUGGGCCACGCUUUACAAAAUUUGAAUACCCAGCACAUAUUACACUCUCAAAUGCAUAAACAUAAUAUACUUGCGACUGGACAAUCAUUAGAGUCUUCACAUUUUAAAGAGUAUCAAUGUUCCAUAUGCCCAUUUACUACGCCCUAUUAUGCAUUUCUAUUUAUACAUGAGAAAACGCAUGCUAUCAUAGACAGCCAUGCCAUGAUUAAGCAUGGUGGAAUUGAAAUCGAAAGCCGAGAAGACGCCACACCCCACAGUCCCAUAGAUAUAGAAAAUGAAGAAGACAAUAAAAAGAAAGGACCGAUUUUAAAUGCAGACAAGAAAGAGAAUGAAGAGAUUGAAUUUAAAACUAAAACAAUGACACAACCUCUAAUAAGUAGCGAUGUUAAGGCUGAAGGUGUAGAAAAACCUAAAGAGCUAAUUACACAAGUAGAUGAGAAUUCCGGACGGAAAUAUCAUUUAAAAGCUGAGGGAGCUUCAAGAUCAAUGACCAAUUCACCUACACAUUCCAUGUUUAUAGAAUUACUACCGGAUAUGAUGAAAAAAAUCGAUCCAAUGGUCACUCGUCCUGUACCUAAAAAUGAUCAAUUAAUUUCAAUAAGUGAAAAUCAACGCAUGCAAGCCUUUUUCUUAGAACCGAUUGGAUCUCAAAGCGAUCUGGACCAAGUGAAAUGGUUUACACCCGCUAUUGUUUACUUACCCGUCAAUGAACGACUUGCAGCUCCUGUAAGUAUUACAUUUAAAUUAACACCUGCUUAA